AUGAGUCGUCUCCCCUUCCUGUGCGCCGUUAUUCCACUAGAAAUUGGAUCCGUUGCCAAUUUCCUAACGAUUGCAUCUGAUAUUCCAAAUCAGAAUGAAGUCGUCGAUUGGGACGAUACUAAAAGUGUUGAAAGAAAUCUCGUGACUGUUGACAAUGAGAUGAGAAUGCCUGUAAAUGCAUUAACGUUGACCGAAAAUUUGGAGACUGUCGCAGAGUUGGUUGCGACGUCACUUGCUCAAAACAGCGAGAAUAACGCGAAAAACGUGGCGAUAAUCAUGAACCAUUGGAUGGUUAAAGGUGAACAUCCGGACAAAAUCUAUGGUGACAUGGGAAAUAUUGAUUUGCCAACGUUUAACGCGUGGAUACACUACAUCGAUGUGUACCUGUCGACACAUGUCAAGAAGUCGAUGAAUCCAAUUUUAUCACUUCAUCAAUAUCUUUCCCGUCACUCUGACGUAGUGAUCACUGCAAUUGCCACAAAUGGUCUUGAAACAACUUUAAAACUACAGACGAAGUCGACAUGCUGCUCAAAUUAG